CCCUGCCCUGGCUCCCUCCUGCAGUUGCCACCCCGCGCCCCCCGGAGCCCGCGGUGCCGCCGCGCGGCCGGGAUGUACGGGGGCCAGCAGCAGCUGCAGCCCCUCACGCUGCCUCCGCAGCUCCAGCAGCAGCACCAGCAGCAGCACCACUACUACCGGCGCCAGCAGCACUACAGCACGCUCCCGGCCGCCCGGCGACCCAUCUCUUGCCCGGAGCCGCUGCCCCGACCCCAGCCCUGCCGAGAGCCGCCGCCCUGCCCGGAGCCGCUACCCCGGCCCCUGCCCUGUCGGGAACCGCCGCCCUGCCAGUACUCCCCGCCGUCACCGCCGCGGCCCCCGCCGUGCCGGGAGCCGCCGCCCUGCCCGGAGCCGCCGCAGCGGCCCCUGCCGUGCUUCGAGCCCGCUCCUCACCAGCAGCAGGAAAGCAGCGUGGCGUACGACCGGGUGCGGACCUACGGCCCCGGCUGCCGGCGGGUGAGCACGUCCUGCUCCUCCCGGGCGGCCUCGCCGCUGGAGUGCUCGCACGGCUACCAGCAAAUCAUCGCCGGCUGCGACCCGCCGCAACAGGGCACUAUUCGGAGGAUUAUUAUCGAGAAUCCUGAUCAGGAGCCUUUAUCUCCAUUUCUUAGAGGGGCAAGUUUCUGUCCUGGAAAUAAUGUCAUCUAUGAGAAGACAAUAAGGAAAUAUGAGCUGUUAAACCCCCUCCAAGAGAAGCAGUAUCAGUUUUCCCAGCAGUCCCAGCUCUCCCAGCAAGCUGAUCACUGCUAUGUUGCCCAGCCCUGCCAGCACUCUGAGCAGUCCCAAGUCACUCACCAGUGCCAGCAGACACAGACCAGUAGUCCCAGUGAAGUGUUUCCAGUCUGCGUGAGCGAUGACAGCAGAGGGAACUCGGUGAGGAGGGUGACAGUCCAGACCUGCGAAGCGGUGAAUUGCUCUCAGGAGAACAAGGAGCAGCUGGACUGCCGCUACUUCGGUGAGCUGCUCGCCGAGCUGAGCCGCAAGACCAACGACCUGUACAGCUGCUUACUGCAGCACGUGGAGAAGAUAGGAGGAAGGAACCAGGACGUUGAAUUCACGAGCCAGGCUGAAGAUAUUGAAGAAUUAAUUCCUAAAGGACUGUCUGAGGCGACAAAGCAGCAGAUUCGCUAUCUCCUGCAGAUGAGAGUGACAUCAGAUAAAUCCUUGAGGCUUGUGCUUUCCACGUUCAAGAAUUUACGUGAGGAGCUUUGCCAUCUGCAGGAUGACCUGGGGAAGUUAGAAACUGACAAUGUCUUGCUUAAGAAGGAUUUGGCUUUUAAAGAUUCUCAGGUGAAGGAGUAUGAAACCAUGCUGGCUUCCCUGCGCGAGAGCAACCGCCAGCAGCAGCAAGGACUCAGAGACAGCGCUGCCAAGUGCUGCUCUCUGGAGGAGCAGCUGCUGGCGCUGCGGCUGAGCGAAGGGGACAAGGAGUGCCAGCUGAAGGAGCUGGAGUACGGCAAGCGAGCCCUGGAGCAGGAGCUGCAGAGCCUCAGGCUGCAGGCCUGCUCCAGCCCAGCCCUGCAGACCAGCACAGAUGAGCUCUCCAGCCGCUACGUGGAGAUGAUCAAUAACCUGAGGGAGGACAAGGACCGCGAGAUCCGCAAUCUUAGGAACCAGUUAUGCCAAUUCCAGCAGGACAUCUCAAGGAGAGAGGGGAGUAACAGUGACUUGCAAAUACGGUUGCACGAACUGACAUCCAUGCUGGAGGAGAAGGAUGCUUGUAUCAAACAGCAGCAAGAGGACCUCUUCCGCUUGAAGCAGGAGAAACUAUCAGGCAGUCAGUCCCCUGGUGUGACAGCCAUCAUCACCAAGAAGUACAGGAAUCAGUAUCCAAUCCUGGGUCUCCUGUCUGAUGACUACAAGGUGACAUCACCGGUCAAUAAAUCGCAAACUAUUGUCAUCGAGAGGACUGGGGAGAUCUGGAAACACGUGAGUUCAGCCAGAGGCGACUUCAGUCUCUGCAGUUCCCACAUACUCAGUGGGACUUCAAAGAACGCUUCGGUGUCAGCUCAGAGAUGAUAUCUGAGAGGGAGCUGCAGUUUAGUUGAACUUGGCUGCCAACAGCAAAGUGAUUAAAGUGAAGGACCUGAACUGUCUGUUGCACGAAAGCAGUUAAUUGUGGGGUGAGGUAGACAUGAAAGAACCUUUUGUUGUGCUCCCUGACACGCAACUGCUUUGCACAAAAGAAGUGGCCUUGCUCUGACAGCAGCCUCUGCCCGCAGGCACAGGGCACCUCAGGAGUGGGGAGAUAGGCAGAACUUUAUCCGCGUUGUGCUCUCCAGCGAGGGCGUGUUGUGGGUGGGCAGCGUUCCUCUGAGUCACCAGUGUGACUCCAGCCUGUUUCUAGAACAUAGUAAGCAGCAUAUCCAACAGGAGCCAGGGCAGGGACGAACCCAGCAGCCCCGGAAGAGUUGUGAUGGCUUAAGGAGCAAUUCAGAGCAGAAACAGAAGGAAGAAGCCUGCAGAAGCUGCUUCUGUCAGAGGGCACAUGGCAAAGCUGCCAAGGCUGAGUGCAAGGGGAAGGCCUCAGAAAGAUCAGUGUGACACAAAUACCGUAGUGCUGAAGAGGCAGUUCUGAAGGAACGUGACCAAGAAUAUGACAGUUGUGGGAGCUGCCUGAGUAGACAGGGGUAAAACAUUUGGAGUGUUCUGCUGUGGGGCUAAGAAAAGGUAGAAGUCACUGGCAAACAGUGAAGCGCUACUGCUGAGCACUGAAACUCACUCUGGUGCAUUGUGACCUCCUGUAACCCUUGGGGUUUAAUGGCCAUGAUUAUGUUAGGCUGAGGUUGGACUUAAGUCUUUUCCAAAGGAAACAAUUCCAUAAUUCUGAUGUUGACCUCAAGUAACCCUGGUGGCUAACUGGCAAGGAAUUUAACACUGAUAAUGGAAUGACACCAAUAAAGUCGAAGCCCCCUCCCCACACUGUGGCAGUUGCUCACACUUCUCGUUAUAAAAAAUGGAAAGGAGCUAUGUGCUCUGCAUUUUAGGAGCCCAGGAUCAUAAAAGACAGGUUUUAUGGAGCAGCCAGGACUGGUUUAUUGGACUGGAAUGUGUGUUUCCUGCUAACAAGCCACUUGGUUCUUCCAGGAAUGAAAGAAAACUCUAAGCCGUCAGCUGCUCAAAGGAGUUAACAAUUUAAACUGCUUUACUUUCUGCUAUUCUGCAUCCAAAAAUGAUUCAGUCUGACAGUGAAGUCUGGAGAACAUGGUAAAAGAGCACGAAGGUGGAGAACACAGAUCCUCACCAUGAAGAGCUGUUACCCAUGUCCUGCUCUGCCACUGACAGCCGUGUAAAGUGUACUUGUAGUUGUUCACACUCUGCUCGGGUGACAGCAGCAGGCAGUGCCUUUGUAGACUUCACUUCUUCAGAUGCUUAACUGCCGUUCUUCAGCCACUCUGAAACAAUCUAAGAGACAAAAGGAAGCCAUCUGAGACCUUCACUCUCUGAACUGUUUGCCAUACUCUCCUGUCCUGCCGCUCACUGUAAGAAGGGUACAGAUCCGAGUGCCUCGACAGCGAAGGGCUGCUUUCAGCAGUCACUGGCUGCUGCCCAUCUGCUGCUGCCUAGUGAAGGUGGAGCAAACCCAGACACUGCCAUCAUGGGGAACCGUAGGAGCGCCUCACGGAAAGCUGCUUACACCUGUCUGUGACCAGGAAGCCAAAACACACAGGGAGAAUCCUGAAUGUACUCCAGCUGUACAACAGCCUCAGCUACUGCUGUGGCCCAUACAAGAGCUCCUGGGCUCAGUGCCAAGCUGGGGCAGCUGCUGGUACCAGAGAACAUCACUGCCUUCAGAGGUGAUGGACCUCAGCUGAACUUCUGUAAGGGCCCAAACCAGCUGUAAGUAUUUGCUGGGCUUGAAAAGGUCAAGACUUUGGUGCAUUUUUACAUUGAAAUGCUUAGCCCUCCACUGACAACUUUUGCUCCUUGCAGGACCACAGGAAUCUCUUAGAAUGAGUUGCUAAUAAUAAUUAAGUAGUUGUCUGAGGAACACUGUGUAGAGAAUCACAGGGGAAACUUUAAACUAUGCAAUCAAAGGUGCUAGCUCUUCAUCGUGGGGCUCUUGCUUUGCUCUUUCUGCAGAUGUAGCUUUCCAUUCACAAGUAACAUGUAUCAGAAUGCUCCACGGUGAAAGAAUGCUGAAGCUAAGUGGAACUAUCUUAAAAUAAACCACAGUAUAACUUUCUGAA